AUGCAAAAAAGUGUUGCCACAACAAACUUUCUUCAUCCUAGAGUUGUGCAUCAUAGAAGAAAUUUGGCAACUGCAAAGGCAGCUGUCGAUCAAAUUCUUCGAGCUAAUGAAAGGACAAUUAUAUUUUCUGGUGAUGAACAACAGGCGAUUGCUCGAGUGGAUGUCGGCCAGGUUUCCGCGAACAAGCCAAUAGAGGAUUUCUACUCCGCUUCAAAAUGCUUAAACUCGAAUGCCUUUCUUCUUGGAGUUUUUGAUGGACAUGGAGGAGCGACCUGUGCUAGGCAUGUUUGUACACGGCUUUAUGACUAUAUUUGCUGUUCGGUUCUUGAUAAACAUCGUGUUGUUCACAUGCCAAUAGGAGAACAAUUGCAAUGGCUUUUUGGAAGCGCUACUCCGUCCCUCCCUGCUGAUAUUGACCAAGUACAUCAGCUAAAUAUAAGAGAAUAUUUUAAAAGGAUUAAAAAGAAAAGCAAUUGUCCACUUACGACAGUUCGAGAUACUCUCCAAACUUCCUUUUCAGUUUUGGAUGAGGACUUGGCAAAAAGUGCAAUGCCUGACCAAAAUGGAUUGGUUUGCAGACAUGUCGCAUCCUGUGGAGAUUCUGCAGCUGUUCUUGGUGUUCAUUUGGCAAAUGAUGUAAUUGCACGACAAUUGACAAGGCCACAUACUGUUGAAAAUUUGGAUGAGAUUGCUAGGAUUCGUUCUGCACAUCCCCCUUCAGAAAAUCGAACAAUACUUAAAGCCAAUCGUUUACUUGGAGAACUUUAUCCUCUUAGAGCAUUUGGCGAUGUUCGAUUUAAAUGGCCAAAAGAAUUACAAAAAGUUGUACUUGACCCCCUUGGAAUGCCUGCACCUCAACAUUUGUUAACACCUCCAUAUUUGACUUGCCUCCCAGAAGUGUUUUAUCAUCAAUUAACAUCCAAUGACCGUUUUUUGGUGCUAGCAACAGAUGGUCUUUGGGAAUUCUUAGAUUCAGAUGCAGUUGUUAGAUUAGUAGAAGAUCAUAUGACAGGACAUUCAACACUUAAUGUAUUUAGACCAGAGCAUAAACAACCACUUGGAGAUAUUCUUAACAAUUUGGAAAAAAGACAGUCUGCUGACAACAAAAAACCUUUAGACGAAAAUUGUGCCACUCAUUUAAUUAGAAAUGCAUUGGGUGGUGUUUCUGGGGAUGUAGAAUUGCAAUAUGCGAGAUUAGAGGAAAUGUUAAUGUUACCCCCUGGAAUGGCUAGACACUACAGGGAUGACAUAACGGUUGUUGUAAUCCAAUUUAAUGAAAAAUAUUUAUUAGAAGACCACGAAGAUGAUGGUGGUCAUUUUUGA